CACGAGAACCGGCCAACCGACACGCCACGGCUCUAGUAAAGUCGCUCAGUUAUCAAACAUGAUGCCUUGCGUCGCGCGUGGGCGAAGAUUGCCAUCGCUCAUGCUAAUUGCUGGCUGCCUGGGCUUCACAGAGCUGGCGCACGUGCUGGUGCAGACGCCGCAGCGAUCGCGCACCCAUGCGUCAAUACGACCACGGCUAGCCAUUGCCUCCAAACCGCAGGGAUCGCACACUGUAGUCCUAACAGGACCACGGCACGCAGUCGUCCGCGCCGCCGCCGCCGGCGAGAUGGGCUUCCAGCUCCAGGCGGCGCCGCUGCUGUCGACGGCGCUCGUCUUCCUGAGCUGGGGCUGGCUGCAGUGGAAGUCGAGCGCCUACAAUUCGAUCGGCGACGAGCUCGACGCGGAGCUGGAGACCCUACAGAAACUUACCGUCGAGACCCUGACGAGCGGAGAUGCCGCGGCCGUCGAACGACGAGAAGCCGCGCAGCGCGCCGUCGACGCGACCCGUGCGCGGAUGGAGGAGGCGCGAACGAUCCGCGGCCCGGGAGGGCUCGUCGCGCGGAUACGACUCCCACAGCGCGGCGCGGCUAAGUCGUUCGAGAAAGGCGCGGCGGCGCCGGCCAAGCGUCGCGAAGAACCCGAGGAAGAGGUCGCGUCGCGAGUCGAGACGCUCAAGAUCUUUGCCCUCGGCGGCGUCGCCCUGCUGAUGGUGCCAAUUUUCUUUCUGUCAAUCGCCGACCCUAUGGCGCCGCCCUCUCCCGAGCUCGCUGCGCGGCUCGCGAGCGAACUUUCGUAACUACUGUAUUCUGUGA